AUGCCUCCCCCUGCUCCUUCAUCACCGUCCACACCAUUCUCCUUUUCUGUGAGCCCCGAGAUAGGACGCUGGGUCCGUCUAGGCCUAGGGGGCCUGUGGUGUGCAUUAGCAGGCUAUGCUCUAGGCAAUGCUGCUGCUAAUUGGUCUGCUAACACUCAGUCCACUACUGGGAAAAGUAAGCAGAAAAAGAAGGCAAUUCCGGGGAGCACUGAUGAGAAUGGUCCCUCCGUAAAUACCAAGGGUAUGGAUGUAGCAGUGAACACUGAUGGAUGGUGGGGUAAAUACGUACUAGAUGCAUCAGAUCUAAUGGUGGCAGUAGUGGCUUGUGAAGCCCAUGCUGUUGGCUUUGGUACACUAGACAAUGAUACACAUGUUCCCGCCUCUACUACUCUGGUAUUGCGGUGUAAGUUCCAACCUACUAGCACUGUCGGUGGUGGGGACCUAGCAUUCCAAAUAUUCUUCGACCCUGCUGAUAGUUAUCUAAGGUUUAUAUCCAAGUUUGACCUAGCCUCUGCUGACUUGUCUGAUGAAGUAAUAGCAUACACAGCUGCAUCUUGGAAUACUACUAUGCGUUAUUGUCGGCUUACUCAAUGUGGAGGCCCAGCUGGCACUAACAACGGCCCAUCCGAUGGUCUCAACUUGGAUAUGGUAGCCGUUGCCCCACAAUGGUUUGCCACACAGACUCAUGCUAUAGAGUGGCUAGCUCGCCUUACUAAGGUAUUCAUGACAUCAAUAACAAGAUGUUUGGUCCAUAUAAGGGACUGUCGUAAUGGUUCUAUGCCCUUCGCUACUAAGGAUAUGCUUGAGGCUAAUACUGUUCUUUCUGCAAUACAACAACAACAACAGCCCAACAGCAGCAGUAGCUCCCUAUCGAAUGCUGCCGACUCACGAGAGUAUGCGGCAACCGCCACCACCGGAGUGUUAUCAUCGUCGUCAUAUACUCGUUCGGAUGGCGAUGAGUUCUGUCCCAUCUGUCUUGAGCGUUUCGUCCCCGGGGAUCUGGUUCGACGACUACCCUGCAUGCAUGUAUUUCAUAAGACUAAGGCAUGUGAUAUCGAUAAACAUUUGAAGAGGAACAAACAAUGUCCAACCUGCAAGACUCCAAUUGACGUCCGCUACGACUAUUUGUUCCAGGCGCCUCAAGAGGCAUCAUCAUCGCCGGAGCAGCAGCAGCAUCAGCUUACAGAAGGUGGAAUGCGGCGAAGCAGUGCCUCAGAAGGGGAGACCUCCCAGCAAGAGGGCGAUGUAUCUGAACAUGUUGCCGACUUGGAACGUAUGUUAGAUGGGCUUAGAGAGUCUUUAUAUAACUAUGAGAGGAUGAGGAGGGCAGUCGAGGCAUUCUAUCACACUACCUCAACUGUAAUCCCUUCAACGGAUGAGAGUAGCUCUCAAAUAGAGCCAACAGUCAGGGAGUUACCACCCAUAGGAUGGAGGAGGGAUAGUGGCCAAGAUAGACAAGGGAGCAACGGCCAUGAUAUAGAGAAGGCCGAUAUGGAGAAUAUUUGUGAUAUGUUUGGUGUAUCUACCCCCAAUGAUGCUAGUAGUGGUUGUGAAGAUCAACAACAACACGUGAAGAUACGUGAGACUACUACUGUUGUGGAGAAGGAUUCAUUCGAGGAAUUACAGUUGAAGACGUUGAAGGACGUUGAACAGCUUAGUGAACGAUGUGUUGGCAAAUUAAAUGAUUGCCGUACUAAAGCAGCAGUAUUCAACUUUAUGCGAGAUACCCUUAGAGGGAUUGAAGAGAAGUUGGACCAGGAUGAGUGUACCAAGCUUAUUAAGGAGUUACAAGCAUUGGUUACAUCAAAGAAGCAAGAGAAGGCUGAGAAGGAUAGGAACCGUAAGAAACAGGCUACUGAUGUAUCACAAAUGAAGAAGGGUGCCAAGGUUGAUUAUCAAGCCGAGAUAGAUAUGAUGUACGGGGAUGAUGGUUAUGGUGAAUAUGAUGAUGAGUAUGAUGACUAUGCCGACUUCGUCUGA